AUAGCUGGUAUUAGCCUUCUUGGUAAACCCUGUGCGUCACUGUGCUGUAACCUCACAAUGAGACGAUAGAAUUGAUGGAUAAUUACGUUCCAUUUUAUGUUUCGUUCCGAUAGGCUCGCAUAUCUUGGAUUCAUCUUCGCCUUAUCUAUCCACCGUUUUACUCCGAGACCUAGAUCACGACAGAUGAGGGGGAAUAUGUAGGGGGGUCCGUGAGGUUAAUACGAGAAUAGAUACGUAUAUAAUACAGAGUCGCAUCAUGACCUAUGACGGGAGCGGACAGUCAUUCUUUACGCUAUCCUCCGGCUUCCACGCCUUUUCUACGGUUCAUAGUUGCUCAAUAUGGUGGCUCUUAGGACUUUUGUCGCCCUCGCGGGUCUGGCUGGCGUGCACGCUGAAGCUGCUCAAAGAUCGACAUACAAGGAUGGGGCCGAUCUUGUGCAGCCGAUGUUCAAAUCGCUGGACUUGGGCUCUGUCAAGCCGCUUGGUUGGUUUAAGGACCAGCUUGAGCUUGAGGCGGCGGGCUUGUCUGGGAAUAUGUUCGACUUCUACCGUUUCGUUCACGAUUCGAAAUAUCUAGGUGGAAAUACUGAGUAUUCGGGUCUAAGUGAAGCUUCCCCUUAUUGGUUCAACGGUCUUGUACCGUUGGCCUUCGGACUGGGCGACGACAGAAUUCGCGGCCAGGUUAAGUAUUAUCUGGACUACCUCCUUGACCACCAACAGGAGGAUGGAUGGAUCGGAUGGGAGACCACACAAGCGACAAGGGGAAUUUGGGCUCGCAACCUACUUCUAUUAGCACUUAUUCAGUACGCUGAAGCCGAUCCAACUGAGACAGAUCGUAUAGUGGAUGCCAUGCACCGAUAUGUAGUCCUUGCUCAUGAUAUGCUUCAGAACAACUAUACCGGUCUUCUUGUUCACGGUAAUGAUACAUAUGAUACAGCUGGCUUCGGAGUUGGUCGUACGCAUGAAAUGCACAUCCCUCUGCAAUGGUUAUUGGAAAGAUACCCUCGGAAUAAUUCGGAGAUUAUUUGGGAGACGAUGGACCUUAUGAUCGAAGGAGGUAAAUUGUGGGGAGCAGACUGGAGGACAUUUUGGACGGACGAAGCAUACCCUAAGGUCUAUGACGAUAAUACCCCGUACCACCUGAGCUGGGUUUUCCUUCACGGAGUGAAUAUGGCUGAAGGCUUACGGUACACAUUGUCAUUAUAUCGUAACACCGGAGACCAAGAUCUCAAGGACCAGACGAGGAAAGCGGUUGAUCUAUUAGCGCAGUACCACCGUUCACUCGCGGGCACAAUUAUCGCCGACGAAUAUAUCUCGGACUUAAAUCCCAGCCGAGGGGCGGAACUCUGCAUUGCGGCUGAGGUCAUGUUCUCCUCCGCCUACAUCUACCAAUAUCUAGGCGACAAUGACAUUGCCGACUGGGCGGAACAGACUGCCUUCAAUGCGUUCCCGGUCUCGGUCUCGGCGGACUGGUGGUCUCACCAGUAUGUCCAACAGGAGAACCAGCCAUGGGCUAGAAACCUCACAACCAACCAGAACUGGUUUGACGUCAACUCCUAUUCCAACGUCUUCGGCCUCGAACCCAACUACCCCUGCUGCACAGUAAACCACCCCCAAGCGUACCCCAAAUUCCUCGCCAACUCCUUCGCCACAACAGACGGAAAAGCCGGCCUAGCGCACCUCUUCCUAGUCCCCGGCACCGUCGCCGCAACCCUCGGCAACAACGGCGAAAACAACGUCGUACAAGCCAGCGCCAACACGACAUACCCCUUCGGCCACACGAUAACCUACACCGUAACCGCCGACCAGCCCGUCGACUUCUACAUCCGCAUCCCAACCUGGGUAAACAUAAGCCGGAGCACAAUCGACAUAAGCUCCCCGACUAGCACAACCUCCUCGCUAACCCUCUCCGCCGCCGCCUCUUCCGCCAAGACAUCCGCGCGUCCCAUCGGGCCCUGGGAACAAGGUCUGCUCCCCCUCGGUCUGCCCGCCGGCUCAUCGACGCUGUCCCUACGUCUCUCCACCACCCCCCGCAUCGUCCCGCGCGCAAACAACACAGUAGCGCUGUACUACGGCGCGCUGCUGUACGCUUUGGCAAUCGAGCACGACAUCGAAGACCGAGACCCGGUAGCCUACCGGACGGAAGAGAUCCUGCCGGCAAACACGACGGACCCGGAGGGCCGCACGCGCGACCAUUUCUACACGCCGAAGGCGGGGGCGCGGUGGAAUGUGGCGAUUGACCCGUCGCAGAUCCGGGUUGUGCGGAAGGCGGAGAACGGGAGUUUCGUCGAGCAUAACACGGAUGAUAUACUAGAGGUAAGCGAGGACGAGGUGGGGAACCCGGUAUGGGAUCUUGGGGGCCCUCCUGUGGAGCUGCGUGUUGCGGGUGUUGAGAUCGAUUGGCCGAUUGUCCUGGACACGGCGGCGGAUCCGGGGACUUUUGAUGUGAAGCCUACGGGGAAGCCGUUCUCGGCGCGGUUCGUGCCUUACGGGUCUAGUAAGCUACAUAUGGCUUUACUGCCUGUGGUUGAGCUGGACGACGUGGAUUUUGGUCUUUGAUAUGUCGAUUGGGAUACGGUAGAAUGAUUAGAUCAGAUUGUUUGUAGCAAAACAGAGCACAGAGAGAUAGCGAUAG